AUGAAAGUAUCCCAAGGGAAAACCAACAUCAAGGCAGUGGUUCCUAGACUUGUGGCAGCGCAGGAUACAGAUGAAUAUCAUCGACUGCUGGACAACAGGACUGUUGAUGACACAACCAGACAAUUUGGCGUAGGUUGCUGUUCUGCAAGGAGCUAUAAACAAGCUCUUUACGACCUCAUCAUUUCAGGAGUAGCAUGGAGAGACGAAUUCGAAGCAUUCGGACUCCCCUGGGACAGAAACCAAGAUGACAGUGAGCAAUCUCACUUGGUGGCCCACAAUAAUACAUUACCUGACCACUGUUGUUCUUUCAUGAAGACGAAAACAUGUGAUGCCCACCAUUCUUCGCUUGCAACAAGUCAUGAUCAAUACAUAGCGAAUGGAGCUAUCGUCGGGACAAAGCCUAUCAGUAGCAAGCGCCCCUACGCGUCUGACGCGGCCUCUGCCGCCUCCGGGACCCAGCGCAGAUAUCCCCCAUUCGGGACCAGGAUGGAUGUCAAACGGAGGUGUCAACAGCUCGACGCCAGCUGCUGCCUUGCCUUACUGUGGCAUCAGCUGGAGAAGCAGAGUCGCAAGUAUCUACAGAAGGCAAACAAGGACUUUUGA